AUGGCCCGUCUCUCGCUCUUCACCCUCGUUCUCGCGGCAACCGUCGCCCAACUCUCCCUCUUUACCUCUGGCACCAAUGCUCUCCAAAAUGUCGUCCCCCACCGACGAGCAGUAGAGCCAGCUGUUCAUAUCGAUCUCAACAAGCGCAUGCUCCGCAAGCGCAGGCCUCAGGGCGACAUUGUUCCCAUUGGCGCUGCCCCCGAUCCCGCAGACCCAGAUCCCAGCUCGUCUUCGACUAGUUCGACUCCCAGUCGCUCUUCUACGUCGUCCCAGAGCCAGUCGACACCCGCCGGCCAACAAUCAACGCGUUCUUCCAGCACCUCGAGCACACAAUCCAGCUCGUCGUCUUCGUCCUCGUCUUCUUCAUCCUCAUCUUCGUCGUCGUCUUCGAGCUCGAGCUCCAGUUCCAGCUCGUCCGCAGCUCCGACCACUACUUCUGCCACCCAAACGACACGCUCCGCAUCCCGGUCUACCGUCGUUUUGACAGCCACCGCUUCCUCGACCGAGACUUCCCAGGCCCAGGAUCCCAACGGCUCGUUUUUGCCCAAGUCUGCCAUUGUCGGCCUCAUCGUCGCCGGUUCGUGUAUCGCCGGCGGAGCCGCCAUUUGGACCGUUAUUCGCAAGUGGAAGUUUAGUCCCUCGCGCCAAUUCGAAGACCGUCUGGAGCCCAUCAACUGGGAGCCCACCCAGUCGUCUGGCCUCCCUACCGACAAGAACGACGCUGGUCUCUCGCGACCCGGCUCCAAUCGCAACUCUGUCGGCGACGGAAGCGUCAGAAAUAUGGCGUCUGCCACACACGACCCAGUCUCAAUGGCGCCAGACUUCCCACCUGCCCACGAUUUUACGGCUGGUCCGGCCAACGGCUACGUCAACAUGUACCGUGGUCCGAGCCCAGCUCCUCCAUCGACAUACGGUGGUCACUACGAAACGCCAAACCCAUAUGAUGCUUACGACUAUAACAACAAUGGUGCCUAUGGUCAGAGGCGUUACUAA